AUGAGCACAAAAAGUCCCAUCAAGAAUAUAAUUAAAGAUGAGUCGGAUAGGAAAGCGGCCUCGAAUCAGGUCAGAAAUGGUGAUAUGAUAAAGCAGGAGCCAGAGGACGAACAUGCUCUACUCUCCGACCCCGAGGACUAUUUGGAAGAAAACGAAUCUCUAGAUAUGAACCUUACAAAUGGCAACCAAAAAAUUUGGCUAGUAAAACUACCUAGAUACUUGGCAGAGAGAUGGACGAGGCAACAAUCCUUGAAUGGGCAACAGUUGGGGCAAAUCAAAAUCAGACAGAACUCUAAUGGUGGCGAUAGCGGUAACAAUACGCCAAAUGGUGGUAAUGAACAGAAGAAGAAAUUGGAGGUGAAGCUCGUGUUGAACGAAACACCGGAGAACCAAGAUAUACCUCAAGAAUAUGACCUAUCAAUCUUAAACACACAGGUUAAUAACUCAUAUGUAUUCAGUGAAGAAAACCUUAAACGUUUCAGGCAAGAAGUCACGGAAAUGGGAGAGAUGCCCGAGCAGCCAAAGCUCAAAGACCUUGAUCCUGAGGAAAGUCUAAGACCUGCUAAAUUUUAUAGGGUAGACAAGAACGGCGAGUCGCUGAAACAACAGAUUCCUUUUGUGAAAACAAUUCCCAAAAAGACCAGUUUGGUCGGCAAAAUUGUGCAUGACUGUCAAGUGGUUCCCCUGAAAACUGAUUCCAGGUAUGCGCAGAUGUUGAUGAAGCGUCAGAAUAUGCCAUUGACUAAAGAGAGACCUAAGGUGACUUUCCUCAAUGAAAUUCCAGGUGUUGUUCAGUCACAAGCUGGUCCUUCGCUUGCAGGCAAGUCGACUUCCAUGUUCUUGAAAUCCACUCCACAAAGAUCCAAGAACGAGGGCCGUGCCAUCAGAAUGCCACAAAAGGACUUGCUAGAUUUACUCUUCCGCUUGUUCGAAGAAUACGAGUACUGGUCCAUUAAAGGUCUAAAAGAAAGAACGAAACAACCUGAGACUUAUCUUAAGGAGUCGUUGGAGUCCAUUGCUAAUCUCAUCAAAAAGGGUCCCUAUACAUCCAAGUAUCACUUAAAGCCCGAGUAUAGAAGAUUGAGAGAUGCUGAACGCGCAGCCAAGGCUGGCGGUAACGAAGAGGAAGAUAAGAAGGAAGAUGACGAAGAUGAAGAUAUGGAGGAUGUUAUUUAG